AUGCCUCAAUUGACCGAGUACACAAACCUGCCUCCGCCUCCAUAUAAUACCACGUCGGUGAUCUUCAACGACACCACGAUCCGCCAGACCGUGCACAUGUCGACUGGCGCGUCCCAGAUCCGCAUCCGCAUCUCCAACGCCUUCGGGCUCACCGACCUGCCCAUCACGGCCAUGACGGUGGCACUGCCCUUCAACGGCUCGUCGGGGGCCAGUGCGAUCCAGCCGUCGACCCUGCAGAAGGUGACGUUCAGUGGCGGCGAGGCGAACAUCACCAUCCCCGACGGCGCCCUCGCGGUCUCAGACCCCCUCGACUUCCCCGUCCAGCCUCUCUCGACCAUCACCAUCACCAUGUACCUCGCCACGGGCCAGAACGGGACGUACAUCACCAGCCACCCCGGCAGUCGGGCGACGUCGUGGUUUACCCUGGGCAACCAGGUGGGCGCGACGAACUUGACUGGGCCGUCUUUGAAUAGCACGCAGCAUUGGUACUUCCUGUCGGCGGUCGAGGCGUGGUCACCUCCCAAUUACCGCACAUGGGCAAUUAUCGGAGACAGUAUCACGGACGGCAGAGGGAGCGACACGGACAAGAAUGACAGUACACCAAAUCUCACCAUGGGAAACACGAACAAAAGAUGGCCCGACCUCGUCUACGCACGCAUGCAAUCGAGCAACUCGACUCUCCUCACGUCCAUCUCGAUGAUCAACCAAGCCGCGGGGGGCAACCGGAUUCUGGAGGACGGACUGGGCCCGAGCGCACUGUCGCGGAUCGAGCGCGACGUGCUCUCGCACGCCGGAGUCCGCUACGCCAUGAUCUGGGAGGGGGUGAACGACAUCGGCGACGCGGCGACGACACAGGCGAACCAGACGGUCACAUACGACCGGCUGGUGGCCGCGUACCGACAGAUCUCGACGCGCAUCCACGCGUUCGGCAUCCCGCUGUUCGCGGCGACCAUUACGCCCUUCUCGGCCCCCGACGGCAACGUCACCUUGCAGCCCUACACCAGCCCUCUGCGCGAGCAGACCCGCCAGAAGGUCAACGCCUUCAUCCGCGCCGCCGCGGGAUCCACCUUCGACGCCGUCUUCGACUUCGACGCCAUCCUCCGCAACCAGUCCGUGCCCAGCCAGCUCGCCGACGAUCUGCAGUCUGGAGAUUACUUGCACCCCAACGACGCCGGGUACCAGCUCCUGGCCCAGAGCUUCGAUCUCAGUGUCUUCCAGAAGUUCGACGCUGGCGUGACUGGGUUCGUGUAG